GCCGCGCUCGCUGGCUGGCCCGGUGUGGGCGCCGGACUCCCGCUGCCGAAGAGGACCAGCAGCGCCGCCGCCACCCCUUCGGCCCGGGCCCGGGCCCCGGCCCCGCCCCGGGCCCCGGCCCCAGCCCCUUGCCCGGCCGGGCGAUGAAGUGUCACUACGAAGCGCUGGGGGUGCGACGCGACGCCAGCGAGGAGGAGCUCAAGAAGGCCUAUCGGAAGCUGGCCCUGAAAUGGCACCCGGAUAAAAAUCUGGAUAAUGCCGCAGAAGCAGCUGAACAAUUUAAAUUAAUCCAAGCAGCGUAUGACGUGUUGAGUGACCCUCAGGAAAGAGCAUGGUAUGAUAAUCAUAGAGAGGCUCUCCUUAAAGGUGGGCUUGAUGGGGAAUAUCAGGACGACAGUUUAGAUUUGCUUCACUACUUCACUGUGACCUGUUACUCUGGUUAUGGAGAUGAUGAGAAGGGCUUUUAUACAGUUUAUCGUAAUGUUUUUGAGAUGAUUGCGAAGGAGGAGCUAGAAUCUGUGUUAGAAGAGGAGAUGGAGGAUUUCCCCACUUUUGGAGACUCCCAGAGUGACUAUGAUACGGUCGUCCAUCCUUUCUAUGCCUAUUGGCAGAGUUUCUGCACUCAGAAGAACUUUGCAUGGAAGGAAGAAUAUGAUACGCGACAAGCUUCAAACCGCUGGGAGAAACGAGCCAUGGAAAAAGAAAACAAAAAGAUUCGCGACAAAGCGAGGAAGGAGAAGAACGAGCUUGUGCGCCAGCUGGUCGCGUUCAUCCGCAAGAGAGACAGGAGAGUGCAGGCGCACCGGAAGCUCGUGGAGGAGCAGAACGCCGAGAAGGCCAGGAAGGCGGAGGAGAUGAGGCGGCAGCAGAAGCUGAAGCAGGCCAAACUGGCCGAGCAGUACAAAGAACAGAGCUGGAUGACCGUGGCUGACCUGGAGAAGGAGCUCAAGGAGAUGGAGGCGCGCUACGAGAAGGAGUUUGGAGAUGGAUCAGAUGAAGAUGAGAUGGAGGAAUCUGAUCCCAAAGAUGGGCAUGAUGGUAGAGACAGUGAUGAAGCUGAUGAUGCUGAGCUGUACGACGGCCUUUACUGCCCAGCGUGCGACAAAUCUUUCAAGACAGAAAAGGCCAUGAGGAAUCAUGAAAAAUCAAAAAAGCAUCGGGAAAUGGUUGCCUUGUUAAAACAACAGCUGGAGGAGGAGGAAGAAAAUUUUUCAGGACCUCAAACUGAUGAAAAUCCAUUGAAUGCCAAUUCUGAGGAAGAAAUAGAAGAUGCACCAAAACAAAAGCUUUCUAAAAAACAGAAAAAAAAGAAACAGAAACCAGCACAGAAGUAUGAUGAUAAUUUCAAUGAAAAUGGAACUGGAGAAGAAGUAAAGGUUGAAUCAGAAGAUACCAACUUAAAUCAAGACCGUGCCAAAGAAUUAGAUGGGAGUCCCCAAGAAAGUAUCAGUGUCACUGAGACUGUCGAACUCUGUGAGGAUCCAAAAAGUGAAGCUAAGAAUGCUCCUAAACCCAAAGGGAAGAAAGCCAAAGACAUGAAAAAAUCUGUCAAAGUACCUGCUGAACCUCAGACAGUGAGUGAUGUUCUUAUCAGCUGUGCAACCUGCCAUAGUGAAUUUCCAUCCCGGAAUAAACUUUUUGACCAUCUGAAAGCCACAGGUCAUGCAAGAGCACCUGCAUCGUGUUCUUUAAACAGUGUAACAAGUAGUCGAAGCAAGAAAGAGAAACGUAAAAACAGAUAGAAAUCCUGCCAAUGUUUUUUUCUUUUUGAUUGUCUCUAGAUUUUGAAACCAAUAACUGAACUGAAGUCAUCUAAAGAGUUAAAAUUUCGGUGAUCUGCAAUUUAUUGCAUUGUGAAAGAUUAUUUUUUAUCUUGUAAAAACAUUUUUUUGUUUAAUAUAUAUUUUUUAAACAUUUCAUUAGUGAUUGAAUUCUACUUUGCCAUCUGGAUUGACUUGAAUGUUUCAAAACAGGUACAUAUUGUAAAGUAUGCGUUUUUGACUUCUGUUGGCUCACAUGGACAGAAAUGUACAGGGAGAAUUAAAUUAUUUUAACACAUACAAA